AAGCUGUGAGCGCAUAAAACUUGAGUCAUUCUCUUUUCUCACCAUGGCGUCGCAAAGUGGUAAUCGUCUCUCUCCCUUCUCGCAUGUACGAUCUAUGUCUAGGACUAUUGAUACGCAAGUUCUAAUAAUGGAAGGAAGUUGGAGUCAAAAACCCCCGUUCGAGACACAACUGUUGAAAAUGGGAAAUACGAACGCUGGCGAAGAAAGCCUAGAAGCGCUUUUACCUGCUUCGUAUCGUACACGUCGUGACGAUUUAACACCACCAAAAUUGGACGAUUCGCAAUGGAUUGAGAAGGAACUUGACUUAACUAGACUCACCAAGAUGUUCAACUAUUUGUGGUUAGCCGGCCGGCCUAUGCCGCCUAGACCACUUCAUUACCAGUUGCUUCUCGGGAGAGACUUCAUGGUCACAGAACAGAUUGAUCUGCAUCUGGUCUGGUCGUACAAUCGCUUAUUACUGAAACCCCUCCCUCGGUUUCUGUUGGAACCACGGUUCUGGCUUCAAUGCCUGUGUUGUCGAAACCAGUGCGGCUGCUCAAUGGCAGCGAAACAGCUCGUGCAUGGUGACAGCACAGAGUGCAACCAACGGCGGCUCUGGAGAACAGCCACGGGUUUUCUUUUCUCGUAUGCUGCGUUGAUCUGUUUCGAGAGCGACUUUCGUGUUGCGCAAGAGAAAAACCUUAUCCCGGUCGGAAUAAAUUGGGCUUCCUGGAAGUCCUUCAUCGAGGAAUUAGACACCGAGCACAUAUACGGCAAAGUCAACCCACGAUUUCUGUACGGAGAACUGCGGCUAGGGCGACUGAGUAAAAUUCACCGCAUCUCGCAGUUGUCCUUGAGGGGAUAUUCGCAAGCCUGGAAUCAGUACUCGUCAUUUUUCGAAGCAAACUUUGCCACUAUAGCUUCGAUUGUAGUCUACGUGGCGUUUGUCCUGGGGGCAAUGCAGACCGGUCUUGCAACGUCAGCACUGCAAGACAACGACGCCUUUCAAUCAGCGUCUUACGGAUUUGUUGUUUUCUCCAUAUUAGGACUCCUUAUUGUCACUGUUUUGCUGAUGCUAUUGUUUUUCCUUAUCUUUUCAAGCAAUUUAGUGGGAACCUUAGGGUACCGAAAAAGGAGACUGCGAAACAUUUCCAAUCAUGCACAAGGUAUGUCAGCAGCAGCUUGAAAUGCCCAGUGUGCAGAUUCGAAACUCGUGCGAAGUGUAGAUUGGCUCUGGCGUCUUCUGUUCUUGCGAGAUAUAAAGACUUGAGUUGAGCCUCGGUAUACGACCAGCGUCUGCAGUUGUUGUCAUGCUCAUCUCAACUCUCUAGAAGAAGGAUGACGCAUGUCCUCUAUAUUAAGCUGUCAAAUACAAUAACACACGAAUUGAUGAAAUCUACUUUUCCUUGCG